UCCUUUCCUCUUGGGCGGAAGCUGCGCACAGGAAGUGUUCCUUGUACUCUGUUCCUCCAGGCUGUAACGUUGGCCAGUACAGCGUUUGCCUCCGCGCCAUCUUGUCUCGUCUGGCGUUCCGGAAGCUGCUGGAAGCUGAAUCUUCAACUUCCUGAGGAGAACAUCUGGACAUAAAGAGCUCCUACCAGACAAACUGUAGAGGACUGCUUUUCAUUGAAUCCAUAUGGAGACUGGGCUUCAUGGAUCAGAACAUUCAUAUCUCUCCCAACACUGGGGAAGUUUUCAUUACCCAGUGGCAGUUACUGAGAGGUCUCUUUGCAACAAAAUAGAGUAGCUGCAAUCAACUGCAAUCCCGUCACAACUUCAUGAUGUUUCUUUUGGCCAAAAAUGCACUAAGUAGUCUCAAGAUUCGAAACAUUCAGCAAAUUAUGGCAAGACAGAGCCAUGUGAAACGCUCACUGGAUUUUCACGACAAGUAUGGUGAUGCUGUGCUAGCCAGUGGAACUACUUUCUGUAUUGUUGCAUGGGUGUUUUUAACCACACAGAUGGGAAUAGAAUGGAACCCAUCUCCUGUAGGCAGAGUUACACCCAUUGAGUGGAAUGAUGAGUAACCAUCUCAGUUACUAUAAUAACAGAAUUCUUUCAAAACCAAUUUGUCAUGUAAGCACUCUGUUGCUCAUUAAAAUAGAGAAUAAUUGAAGAAAUAAAAUACUUUCAAAAUCUUA